CCCUAACCCCCAUGGAUCCCCAGAAAAACGCAUUCUCUAGAUUUGCCACACCCGCCAGCAACAUUUGACGCGCCGGAAUAGACGGACGGGACGACGGCGCCUCCAGAGGAACUGCACAUCACAGCAAGCAAAGAGCAAUGGCAUCAACCACCGAAUCGUCAUGCACAACUCAGACCGUGCAAGGCACACAUCGGUUCCAGAUAUGUCAGUUCAGUUAUGGGAAUGUUGGUGAUGAGGAUUACAUCCGCUCAGGCACCUUCAGGGUGGGCGGAUUCGACUGGGUUAUUGUAUACUGCCCGGACGCUGAUGGCGAUGAUGGGGAGGAGUACAUAUCAGUUUAUCUGGAAUUGAUGAGCAAGUAUGCGGAGGCUUUGGCAUUCGUAGACAUGAGACUGAUCAACCAAGUCACUGGAGAUGCGUGUACAAUAUGUGCAGAGAACAGGGUGCCGAAUCAGUUCAAGUCUAGCAGCUUCGAAGACGCUUCCUGGGGGCGUGAAAAAUUUAUCAGUAAACGUGCUUUGAAAGAUUCAGGGUAUAUCCGAGAUAACCGCCUUGUUAUUGAGUGUGUCGUUACUGUGGUACACGAACUAAGGGUGUCUGAAAACAAAGCAUCCUGCGAAAUUGAAGUCCCUCCCCCAAAUGCAUUAGAGCAUUUUGGCAAGAUGCUGAAGGAUAAGUCCAGAGCAGAUGUGACCUUCAAAGUUAGAGGAGAAAUGUUUCCUGCCCACAGGGCAGUGCUCUCUGCCAGGUCGCCAGUUUUCAAAGCGCAGCUAAGUGAACCCAUGAAGGAGAACAAGAUGCGGCACAUAACCGUUGAUCGCAUGGAACAGGUGGUUUUCGAGGCUCUGCUCCAUUUCGUUUACACUGAUUCCUUGCCUACAAUGGAUGAUCUUGACAGAUCUGAAAGAAAUGCCGUGGUCCAGCAUCUAUUUGCAGCAGCGGAUCAAUAUGGUCUAGAUAGGUUGAAGCUUAUGUGUGAACGCAUCUUGUGCCUGAACCUUGAUGUCGAUAAUGUGGCUGUUGUACUGCGUCUAGCUGAUCGAUACGACUGCCAGAAGCUCAAAGAAGCCUGUGUCGACUUUUUGGUUCCUUCAGAGAGAAUCGAUGCUGUUGUGGCAAGCCGAGAAUACGAGUCAAUAAAGUUGGUUUCUCCCUCUCCAUUAGCAGAUUUGUGGGAGAAGAAUACUCGUCCCCCCAAACGUUCCGUUUAGAACAUGUCUAAGCUUUGGAGGAUAAGCAAGUUCAGUCAGCAGAUGUGUUAUGAGUACUUCUGUCAACAAAACCACUUGUAUUGGUGAUCGUAAUUCCACCAGUAGAAGUAUUAUGCUUAUCCAGGCCCCAAGUGUCUCUGCCCCGAAAAAAAAGCCUGCCGAUGUUUCUUUUGUCUUUUGGUUGAAACUGUUAGUGAUUUGUUGCCCAUGCAUGUUUAAGCGUGUAACUGGAAUAUGUAGGUCUCUUUUAAUUCCGCAUAUCUUGUCAAAUGUUUUGGACUAACUACUUUGGCCCUUUGCUUUG